GCUGGCUGGAAGAUGCCGUAAAUGCUGUUCCCCAACGAUCGCGGCCCAUGACACCACUGCUGCUAUGUUCUCGUCUGUGUGCGUGGCCACUGCUGCAGACCCAGCUGGGCUUACCAGUCGCGGUGCGUUCUCUGUCGUCUCCGGCGAAGAGCGCCGCAGUGGCUUCUCACGUUGAUUUGGAGUCGUUCAAAGCAUACGCCGCAGCCACAGGUCUGUCUCAAGAGACGACAGUUUACCGAGGGACUCUCUACGAAUAUACUGUCCAGACAGUUCUGCGCCGCCUGAAUUUCCUGCUUCGGCGAUGCGGGGGUGCGGAUGACCGUGGUAUCGAUCUUCGGGGAAGCUGGUAUCUGCAAAACGACGCCGACCCGCUCCGGGUGAUCGUCCAGUGCAAAUCGUUAAAUCGCAAAAUUGGGCCAAACCUUGUUCGGGAAAUGGAGGGAGCCAUAGCGAAUGAGAGCAAUGGCACACUGGGAGUAUUUGCAAGCAACCAACCUUACACCGACGCAACCAAUCGUCAGCUGCUGAGCUCACAGCGUCCCAUGAUAUUGUGCGUAAUAUCGACCUUGGACGAGGGUGCUGAUCUGAAGCAAAUGGUAUGGAACACCUCUGCGUCUGAUAUGUUAGGUAAACUCGAGGUAGGAGUACGGCAUCGGACGUCGAACAGAGAAGUCGAGACGGAAAUCUUUCUAAAAAGGGAGGGCAAGCCAAUUAAAGAGCUGAAGAAGCUUCCCUGA